CGGUGACGGCGGCGAUCCCUUCACGUUUGCCUUUUCAGCUGACGGCUGAGAGCUGACCCCCGUGCCGCGCCCCGCGGGAGCAAACAUGGCCCUGAGGGGCUCUGGCAGAGCCGGUUCGGCGCUUCUCACGCGGGGGAAGGAGCCCGUGCGGUGGGGAGCUCCCCGUGGGCCGCCGGAGGCACCACGACGCCUCAGGGCGCCGCUGAGUUCUCUCACGGCUCAACGCAACUGGCGCCAGGGCCGCGGGAGCUGAGUAAAGCAGCGCUGGGGCAGCCGGCCUGCGAGCUACUGAGGGAAGGAACCCUGUCAGAUUUGACAGGGCCACGCACUCCCCUCUGCCCCCUUCCCGCCAAAGGAAAGUUCUGGGCGUUUAGGUAGGAAGAAAGACACUAUGGCUAUCCUUCUUGAUUAUCUCUUUCAGGUAGUACCACCACAGGAAUGACGGUGAACACACCUCUCUGUUUUAGAGGAAAGAAGAUCCUGGCUCCAAUGGUCCGAGUGGGAACAUUACCAAUGCGUCUUCUUGCUCUGGACUAUGGUGCUGAUAUCGUGUACUGUGAGGAGCUGAUUGACAUAAAGAUGCUGCAGUGUAAGAGGGUUGUAAAUGAAGUACUUGAAACGGUGGACUUUGUUGCACCUAAUGAAAGAGUUGUUUUCAGAACUUGUGAAAGGGAGAGGCACUGUGUUGUCUUUCAAAUGGGUUCGGCAGAUGCUGAAAGAGCCCUGGCAGUAGCUAAACUUGUAGAGAGUGAUGUAGCUGGUAUUGAUAUCAACAUGGGAUGCCCAAAAGAAUAUUCUACUAAGGCAAGUAUGGGCGCAGCACUGCUGUCUGAUCCUGACAAAAUAGAGUCUAUAUUGACUACCCUUGUUAAAGGAAUUUGUAAACCAGUAACCUGCAAAAUCCGCAUUUUGCCUUCAGUUGAGGAUACUGUGAAUCUGGUAAAGAGAAUAGAAAAAACUGGUAUUGCUGCCAUUGCAGUCCAUGGAAGGAAGAAGGAGGAGAGGCCUCAGCACCCUGUCCGUUGUGAUGUGAUCAAAGCCAUAUCUGAAGCAGUCUCCAUUCCAGUAAUAGCAAAUGGAGGAUCUCAUGACUUCAUCAAAGAAUAUACAGAUAUUGAGACCUUCCAGAAAGCAACAGCUGCCUCAUCAGUAAUGAUAGCUCGUGCUGCCAUGUGGAACCCUUCUAUCUUCAGAAAAGAGGGUCUUUUCUCCUUGAAGGAAGUCAUGCAAGAUUACAUCAAAUACGCAGUGAGAUAUGAUAAUCACUAUACCAACACAAAAUACUGUUUGUGUCAGAUGUUAAGAGAACAGUUGGAAACUACACAGGGUAAGAAGCUGCAUGCUGCGCAGUCCACACAGGAGAUCUGUGAAGUCUUUGAAAUGGCUGACUUCUAUGAAGAAACAACAGCUGUUUUCAAAGCAAAGAAAACAUCUUUAGAAACUGAGACACAAGAUGAAGAUGACCAAAUGGAGGAUCCAGAUGUAAUAAAAAUGGCUGUUAGAUUUGACAAGCGAGAAUAUCCACCGCAGAUUACUCCAAAAAUGUAUCUUCUGGAAUGGUGCAGGAAAGAAAAGCAUCCUCAGCCUGUUUACGAAACUGUUCAGAGACCACUGGAUAGAUUAUUCUGUUCGGUAGUGACAGUAGCUGAGCAAAAAUACAGAUCAACUCUGUGGGACAAGUCAAAGAAACUAGCAGAACAGGCUGCAGCUAUUGUCUGUCUGAGAACAUUGGGUGUCCCAGAGGGAAAGCUGUGUGAGGGAGAAAAUCACCUGAUUAACAAACGCAAGAGGGAAGACCAGGAGCGCUUGAAUAACAGAGACCAUGGAGAAGAUCUUGCUGAGCCUUCCCAUAAAAAAGCUAAUUUUAUUGAAGAAACUUCUGACAUGAAUGUGCCUAAGAUGCCACUAUAGCAUGGAAAUUAGAGGUUUCAUGCCUAUGCAGUUACAAAUUCGCUCCUAUUUGUAUAUCUUGCUGUUCACAUUUCAUUUGGAUUCUCAGAGACAGAUAAAUUCCCCAGUUGUGAAAAAUGCCAAUGAGAUGUUUACUGUUUGCCACUCGCUGUCCCUAUGGUGCCUUUCAGACAGGAUAAAUUAGCAACUUGAUUUUAAAGAACACUGAGAAGAUUAUCCCAAUUAAUAAAAUUUUUAAAAAUAUCAGAUAUUUUCACAGCAAUUUUGUCAUUGGUUUUAUUACUUGUUUUUUAUUUUUAAGAAGUUGACAGUGUGCUGGUAAGAGAUGUAUGAAUGCAUCAUCCAUGAGCAGAUGGAUUUGUUAUGGAACUAUGUCAUUAAUCAGAAAAAUUGAUGUAGGAAAAUAUUAGUAGCCAAGUAGACAUGGUUUUGUCAAAUCAGUUUUAUGCAUGUCAUGCAUGUUUUAUUUACACCCAUCAUCGAUCCAGAAAAAGGUUUUUGCAGAAAGAAGGACUUAGAAAUCAUAACACUAAGUAUGAAAAUAACAUUCUACUUUCAUAAUUUCUACUACAUUUUACCCUCCAGAAAUAUGACAAUAGAAUUAACCAUCCUUUCCUGGUCAUAGGUAUUACAACUGUGCCUUACCAUUAAGGACUUGGAGCCAAGCCUGGUAGCCAUGAAUUUGUUGAAUGAAGGCACUUUGAGCUUUUUGUUCUUUUGAACUUGGAAAUUCUAGUACAUGUUUACUGUAUAUUACUUGCAAUAAUGGGAAUCCAAAUAUGACCUUAUGUGUGUGUUCUUGAAAUGUGACCUAGUUUGCCUCAGUAUUUAGUUGUUGGUGAUACUGGUGGUCUUAAUCAAAGGCACAUGUUCCCUUCUUAAUUUGCCAUAAUAAUAACUUCCUAUUAAAGUAAACUAUAAGUACAUGCUGUAUGCCAAGAGAGGAUACAGACCUAGUCUGACUUCAUGGCAAUCUAUCUGAGCUUGUCUGAGUUAAAUUUGAGUUUUGAAUCCCCAAAAGAAUGUCUUAAUGGAUUAAGAGAAUUCAGGGAUUUGUUAUUGACAGUUUAUUGAAAUGGUGAUUUUGUUGCCCUCAACAGGAUGAGGGAUCUUCAAAUUAUCAGCUCUGCUUUGAAAAUAAAAUGACAGGGAUAUAUCAUA